AUGGGUAGUACAUCGGUGACCAUCUCAAACCAGGACAGCCUGAAAAGCUGGCUGACGGCUGAGCUUGCGCCUUUGUGUGAUGCUGAGCUGGGUACGCUGGUCAGCUACAUUUUCGCCUUGCUGAAGAAGCCGAACAAGACCGCCGCCCAACUGAAGGCCUUUUGUCUUGCGCAACUCGAGGUCUUCCUUCAUGCAGAUACGAAGCCGUUCAUAGACAAGCUGUUCGAUGUGCUCGAGCACGACUCCUACAUCGCUGAGCGAAAUGUGACCACGAAGCAAACUGACGAGCACCACAGCGACGUCGAGUCCAACGAACGCGAAGAAUCUACAAAUGUCAAGGCGGUGGCCGAAGGCUCUGGCAUGAGAACUGCCGUGGUUUCUGAAGAAACCAAGCCGUUAAAGUGCAUCGACGGCCUUUCGAAGAUGGAUACGCUGGGUGCUCAAGCGAUGAGCCACGACGAAAAGCCGGUGAAACUACAAGUGGUUCUCAAGACGGAGCCUGAGCCGAAUUCCCAGCUCGUCGCGGAAUUGCAGGCUGUCGACGUUUCGGUGAAGCCUGUGCGAAAGCGGAUAGUCCCUCCAUCACCGGAAGCGAUGCGUAGCCGCCUCCGUUCUCCCGUCUCACACCGUCGUGAUGAGCGCCGCUCGCGCCGACGAUCUCUUGAGAAACGCCGGCGCUCUCGGUCACGCUCCCGCUCAAGAUCGCGCAGCAAUGAACGCAUGCGAGAGGAGCGUCAUAAGAAGAAAAUUAGAUGCUGUGAUUAUGAAAAGAACGGGCUCUGCAUCCGCGGCAACAAGUGCCCUUUCGAUCAUGGGCUAGAAGCGGUGACGGUUGGCAAUCCCACGAUCAAGCAGCUAUCCGGAAACGGCAACAUGGAAAUCGUCAAGAUGGAACCCCAGGAACCGCCAUCUACCGGAUAUAUUCAACAGCACGGAAGCACCCAGCCUCCGCCACCCGGCAUCCUUACAGAGGCUUACAAUCCUGAUUCGCCGGCGCUUGCCCCGAUGUUUAACUUCUCGGUACCACCCCCGCCAAUCGCCGUUCCAAAUGCUUCCGUUUCGCCGCAGUGGCCGGGACCAUACGGAUAUGUUCCUACCCCGCUUCACGUGCUUGCCGCCCAGAAGGCCACGGAAUCGAACAACGGCGCCUGUGUGUCGACAGCUCGUGGUCGGGGCUACUUUCGUGGACGCGGUCGCGGCGGAGGUCGAUUCGUCAGCCAGGGGCGCUGCCUUGAAGUCCGCAAUCUUCCAAUGGAGUGCAAUACCAUCGAGUCGCUGAAUGGCCACUUUUCACGCUUUGGCAAAAUUGUUAACCUCGAAGUGCACUACGAGCACGACCCCUUCGGAGCCCUCAUCACCUUCUCUUCGAAUUUUGAAGCCAAUAGCGCCUACAAGUCGCCGGAGCCUAUCUUCAACAACCGCUUCGUCAAACGCUCACGUUCGCCAUCCCCGAUGAGUGAUGAUCUCGAUGACGAUGAGUAUGAGGUGCUCACGGAAGUUCCAAAGAUUGCCCUUGGGUCACAGACUGUCUACAUGGACCCCAAGUUGGAGGAGGCGCUCUUCCAGAAGGCUGAGGAAAAACGAGCCCGCGAGGAAAUGAAGGAACGAAUGGUGAUCCUCUGUCAGCGUCAAGAGGGGCAGAAGAACGGCAUCGAUCGCUAUCUAAAAUGCCAGAAGGAAGCUGUAGAGCUCGCUCGGAAGCAAACAAAUCCCGCCGCCAAGAAGAAGGCACUGAAGCUGUGCAUGGAGUUGAAACAAAAGAUGGAAGCACUGCGUGAACAACGCAAUACCACGUUGGCCGAAAUAGCAGAACUCAAGCCGAAGUUGGAGCCAAAAGCCACCGAAGAAGCGGUUGAAAUGAAUCCUGUCGAUGAUCAACAGGAGCCCAUUGACAUAAAGCCUGCCUCGAUCGAGGUCGCAUUAAAGGAUGAGCCUAUGGAAGAUGACGAAGUCGUUGUAAAGGUC